AUGCCUUCGGGUACUGGUAAAACAAUUUCUCUCUUAUCUUUGAUUACAUCUUAUCAAUUAACAGAGGAAGGAAAGAGUAGAAAAUUAAUUUAUUGCACAAGAACUGUACCGGAAAUGGAAAAAGUAUUGGAGGAAUUAGGUUCAUUGAUUGAAUACAGAAAAAAGUAUACUGACAGUCCCAUUAUUGGGGUUGGCUUGAGCAGUAGAAAAAAUCUUUGUAUUCACCCAAAAAGUCAAAGUUUUCUUCAUGAUGGUGCCCAAGUUGACAGUGUUUGUAGAGGUUUAACAGCCAGUUGGCUUAGAGCUGAAGCUAAAGAAAAGGUAGAAUCUAGUAAUGGUACUAUUCAACCAGUGAUUUCAAAUAAUAAUGCUACAGCAACAGUGGAUGACAUUGAAUUAUGUAAUUAUUUUGAAAGAUUUAUUGAAGCCAAUCCUACUGACACAAUAUUACCAAAUGGUGUUUAUACUAUGAGAGAUUUGAAAGUUUUCGGAAAAAAGAAGGGGUGGUGUCCUUACUUUCUUUCAAGAAGAGCCAUUGAAUAUGCAAAUGUUGUUGUCUACAGUUAUUCAUACCUUUUGGAUCCAAAAAUUUCUUCAAUUAUUUCAAAGAAUUUACCAGCUAACUCUAUCGUAGUAUUUGACGAAGCUCACAACAUUGAUAACGUCUGUAUUGAAGCAUUAUCAAUUAAUAUCGACAGAGAUAUACUUGGUGUAGCUAAAUCCAAUCUUACAAAACUAGAAGAAAAUAUUGCUAACAUGGAAAAAGUAAAUAGUCAAAGAUUACAGGAGGAAUAUAGAAGACUUGUGGAUGGACUAGGUGCUGUUGGAGUUGGAAGAAGUUCUGAUGUGAUAAGAUCUGAUGAUGAAUUACUUUCUAAUCCAGUAUUGCCAGGUGAUAUUAUGACAGAGGCUGUACCUGGUAAUAUCAGAAAAGCUCACCACUUUGUAAAAUUUAUGAAGAGAUUUGCAACCCAUGUAAACAAAAGAUUACAAACACAAAAGUCUGUCAAUGAGACACCUGAACAAUUUUUGAACCAUGUUCUUGAAAAUAUAGAUAUUGAUUCAAGGUCUCUAAGAUUUUGCUCUGAACGUUUAUUAUCACUUAUGAAUACUCUAGAAAUCAAGAAUAUAUACGAGUUUAAUGGAAUUAAGAUUAUAAUGGAUUUUGCCACAUUGAUUGGUACUUAUCAGGAAGGAUUUGUAAUUAUUAUAGAACCACACGAUCCAAGAACACCAACAAAUCCUGAUCCAGUUCUCCAAUUCAGUUGUAUGGAUGCAUCUUUAGCUAUUAGCAAACCUAUUUUCGGUAGAUUCAAAACUGUAGUAUUAACAAGUGGUACACUCUCACCUUUGGAUAUGUAUCCAAAAUUAUUGAAAUUCAAACCAAUCAUUUCUAAAUCUCUUGAAAUGACUUUAACCAGAGAAUGUAUUUGCCCACUUGUAUUGACCAGAGGUAGUGAUCAAGUGGCAGUCACAACAAAAUAUAGAUUCAGAAAUGAUGCCUCUGUUCAAAGAAACUAUGGAAGCUUACUUUUGGAAUUAUCCAAAUACAUCCCUGAUGGCAUCGUCUGCUUUUUCACAUCAUAUCAAUAUAUGGAGGAUAUUGUUUCCUUUUGGAACAGUGUUGGUUUAUUGAGUUCUAUCACCAACCACAAACUUGUAUUUAUUGAAACUCCAAAUACUGCUGAAACUGCAAUUGCCUUGGAAAAUUAUAGAAAGGCAUGUGAUUGUGGUAGAGGAGCUAUUUUCUUUAGUAUUGCAAGAGGAAAGGUUGCAGAAGGUAUUGACUUUGACGGUCAUUACGGUAGAUGUGUUGUAAUGAUUGGAGUUCCAUUUCAAAAUACUGAAAGUAAGAUUCUUAAAGCCAGAUUGAAUUAUUUGAGACAAAACUUUGCAAUCAAAGAAGAAACAUUCCUUACAUUUGAUGCUCUUAGACAUGCUUCACAAUGUAUUGGGCGUGUUAUCAGAAAUAAGGCCGAUUAUGGUAUCAUGGUUUUGGCAGAUAAAAGAUAUAAUCAACCAGAUAAGAGAAAUAAGCUUCCAAAAUGGAUUGCUAAACAAAUCAAGGAUACCUAUCUCAAUUUAUCAACUGAUAUGAUUAUUGGUAUUGCCAGGAAAUAUUUGAAGGAAAUGGCUCAACCAUACACUGCUACUAAUCAAUUAUUGGGACCUGAGGAGAUCGAACAACGAUCAAAGAAGAGAAAUUUCGAAGAUGUUACAGAUUUACCAACAGAAGAUUCUCAACCUCCUCAAAAGAAAUAA